UCUCUCUCUCUCUCUCUCUUCGUCUCUCUUUUUUGCUCUCUUUGCGCCCCCCCUUACUCAAACACACACUCUCACGCGCGCGCACACACGCACACAUACACACACGCGCACACAACCAGCAAGGAACGCACGGAAACCUGGGGGGCGAGAUAUUAAACAGACCAGGAGAGACCGCCACCACCCCACCCCCAAAACAGAAGAAGAAGGAAAACUACAAUAAAGAAAGACUUUGCAUAACGCAGAAGGAGCAAGCGUUCAUCUAUAUAAAAGACACAUAAAUAAAAGGAAACAAAGACAGCGAUGUACAUCAACACAGAGAAUGACAACAAAGGCACAGAGUCUAUCAGUGUGAUCCUGAUCUCCCUUGCUGUGACUGUCUGUGCUGCAGCCAUGGUUGUAAUGUGCGGGAUCUGCCAGUGGUGCCAAAGGAAGCUGGGCAAACGGAACAAACCAACACUGGAGAUGGUGGGGACCCCAGAUUCUAGCAGGGCACGCAGUGAAUCAAAAGCUAUCAAUGAUCUAGACAGAGACUUUUGGAAUAACAAUGAAAGCACAGUGCACCAGAAAUGGAGUUCCUAUCCUCCCAAGGAGUUCGUUCUAAAUAUUUCACCCUAUGCUCCAUACGGCGACCCACGCCUGACCCUCAAUGGCUCAGUCCCAGGGGGUCACAAAGCUGCGGCGUCUGGAGUGGGUCCUCCUGGGGGUGAUAAGGAAGGAGGCCGCUCUCUAGGACAGCCCAUGCGUAGCAACAGUGUGAAAAGCAGCAGUUCUGGAGUCAGCAGCCGCAGCGAGGUGCUCAAUGGCAGGGCUGGGAAGGCUGGGCGCUGGCAAACUGUACAGAGCCACAUGCAGUCGGGCAAGCUACGGCCGGCCAACUUUGAUGAUCCCUCCCUCUCAGCUGCAUCAACACUGGAGCAUAUCUCCUCAACAGCUUCAGGGGGCUGCCAGCGUCCCCGGACUCUUGUCCGGCAGCAGAGUCUGCAGCAGCCGCUGAGCCAUGCGCCACCCCCUAGCCUGGGCGACCUUCCUCCCACCAGUCAAAGCCUGGGACAGUUGCACCAACAGCCUCCCUCAAGUGCCAGCAGUUCCAGUGGGGUGGGGGGAGGAGGAAGGGCAAGCCGGGGGAGUGCACAAACACGGCAGGUCUCGGCGGGUAGCUCACGGUACCGAGCCACAGGGGGGCGCUCACGCUCUAAUCCUGGCAGCUGGGACCACGUCAUGGGGCAGAUCCGCAAUCGUGGGCUGGACAUGAAGUCUUUUCUAGAAGGCCGCAUGGUGGUGCUAUCACUCGUUCUUGGUCUCUCAGAGCAGGAUGAUUUUGCCAAUAUUCCCGACUUGCAGACUGCACCAGGCCAGCAAAACCAGAACGCCCCACCGGACAAGAGGUUACCCGCAGGCAGUAAGGCAGUAAACACUACUCCUGUGCAGGGACAGCUGCCCCAGGAUGAUUUGGACCGCCGCACAGACACCAGAUCUUCCGUUUCUGACCUUGUCAAUUCUCUCACCAGUGAGAUGUUAAUGUUAUCACCAGGAUCAGAAGAUGAUGACUCACAUGAUAUGCCUGGUCGGGAGAAUUUGGGCCGUAUCCAGUUUAGUGUUGGAUACAACUUCCAUGAGUCUACACUCACAGUGAAGAUCCUUAAAGCUCAGGAACUGCCAGCAAAAGACUUUAGCGGAACCAGUGACCCAUUUGUCAAAAUCUAUUUGUUGCCUGAUAAGAAACACAAGUUAGAAACCAAAGUGAAAAGAAAGAACUUAAACCCACACUGGAAUGAAACCUUCCUGUUUGAAGGUUUUCCAUAUGAGAAAGUUGUCCAGAGAACGCUAUAUUUACAAGUAUUAGACUAUGACCGAUUUAGUAGAAAUGAUCCAAUUGGAGAGGUUUCAAUCCCACUCAACAAGGUGGACUUGGCCCACAUGCAGACAUUUUGGAAAGAGCUCAAACCCUGCAGCGAUGGCAGUGGAAGUCGAGGGGAGCUUCUACUUUCUCUUUGCUAUAACCCGACAGCCAACACCAUCACUGUGAAUAUCAUUAAAGCACGAAACCUCAAAGCCAUGGAUAUUGGAGGCACCUCAGAUCCCUAUGUCAAAGUGUGGCUAAUGCACAAGGAUAAGCGAGUAGAGAAGAAAAAAACAGUGGUUAUGAAACGCUGCCUUAAUCCAGUUUUUAAUGAAUCCUUUCCCUUUGACAUUCCAACGGAGCGACUUCGAGAAACUACUAUUAUCAUCACUGUCAUGGACAAGGACAGACUCAGCCGUAAUGAUGUCAUUGGAAAGAUUUAUUUGUCUUGGAAGAGUGGCCCAGGAGAAGUCAAACACUGGAAGGACAUGAUUGCAAGGCCACGCCAGGCUGUGGCUCAGUGGCACCAACUGAAGGCGUGAGGCUUGAACACCUUCUUCUCUCUGUCAACCACUUGAGCAACGCAACGCGGAAUCUGCUAAGAAUUACAAGCAAUCAAAAUGAGGAAUUGAAAUAGAAUCUCAUCAACUGGGGAAGGGAUUGGUUGCCUAUGAAAUCAGUUAAAGACCCCCUAUUUUAUAUGCACAAAAGAAGCACUGAGAGCUCGUUGGCAGCCAAUUCGCUAAACGGGUACAACUUCAGCCAUCUAUCUAUCUAUCUAUCUAUCUAUCUAUCUAUCUCUAUCUAUCUAUCUAUCUAUCUAUCUAUCUAUCUAUCUAUCUAUUUUCAAGCAGUAAUGGAGUUAUUGAUGACCUGUGUGUCCAGGGGUCCACCCCCUACAGCCUAGCUGAGAGUCCUUCUUUGUGAACCUCUGCUGUCGCUGUUUCUUUUAAAAAAGAACUUUUUUUCUGGCACUGGCACAAACGAAAUCCAUUAAUAAUUUGUUGUCUGUUCCUACGGUGUGUGGUGUGCUGUAGCUCCUGACUUAGAGGUAAAAAAGAAGAAUAUAGCUUUCUAUAUGAAUCCCUUAGAAGUCACAAAAAGACAAUGAGACAGACUUUUCAGUCUUUGAAUGAGAAACCCCUGAACCCCCCAGUUGGGAUUGAUCAUUGACCCUUCGUUUUCACAUCCAUGGCCUAUAUUGCCAACAGACAUUUCCAAAAAGAUCAAGGGGGCCUAUCCAAUGGAAUGGAGGGGUUGAUUAUGGAUAAAAAGUGAGGUUGGGGGGGUUUGGCCAAGGCAUCUCUCACACGCAAUUGUGUUUGUUGGUGUGUGCGUGUGUUUGUGUUUUCCCUGUAAAGAACAGUAAACAAAAGAGCUGUUGUGCUCACAUUUUGAGUUUUUAUGCUGUUUGUUUAAUUUAUUUAUUUAUUUUUUGAUGCUGGCCACAGAGUGUGUGGCUCAGUAUAAACAUUAAUCUGCACUUUUGUUUAACAAAAUGCAAGCAUUUAAUAAUUAAAUGAACAUUUAAAGGGAGGGAUAAUGAGUUAAGGGCUGGUUUGAUUUAGAAGAGGCAGAGCUGAGAGCUGGCUGAUGGGAUUCCUGCCUGCCGCCUUGCACACAAGGUACAACACCAGGAUCUCUUGAAUAUCCUAGGCGGCAGCACUGUUUCCUCUGUUUCUUCUCUCACUUGUGGUUGGUUGUCUCUCCUUCAUAACAUAUCUUUUCAAAUUCUAUUUUAAACAGCAAAGACGUUCAGAGGCAUCAUUACAGUACGUUUCAACCAGUAAAGCCAUGCCCACACAUCCCUAUUUGUUGUAUAACUGUCAAAAUCACUUUACUUGAAAAGAGAUGUGGUGGAUAUGUAAUAAUUAAACAUCCAGUCUGCCAGCCUUCUUUCAUCCAAGCCAGCCAAUGUUGUGUUUCUGCAGAGGCAAGGAGGCAUUGGGAUAACUUAAAAACUUUGGUGGAUGGGAUAAUUUCAUACAAUAUAUUGGUUGCUUAUGAUUGAGUAUUCCUAAAAGUUUUAUCAUACUAUUAGUUUCUGGUUGCAGAAAGUAUUUUUCUCAUAAAUAUGUUUACAUGUUGACAAUAUUAACUGAGGACAAAAUAUUGUUGCUAGGUAAUACCUUAUUUCAGCCUUGGAGUGUGUCAGCUUUCCCAUCGCUACAACAGGGUGCCACUGGUUAGUCUUCUUGUUCUUACUUUAGAGAUAAUGUAGGUUAUGACUGUGACCAUAAUAUCCUACUUUUUCUUUUUCCUCUUUGUCUUUUCCCACUUAUAUGUUGGAUCGAUGUGCUUGAUCAACCUUCUCUGUACAGAACAACCUUAGCUAUAUAGCUCAGUCCUGCACCUAUUCCUCAGUCAAACAAUUUUCCUUCAAAUCCUUUUUUACUUUAUCCAUCCACCUUCACUUUGGCCCUUCUCGUUUUCUCUUCUUCUUUACUUCCAUUCUCAUCAGUCUUUUGUCCACAUAUUCAUUGUCUCUCCUUAUCACAUGUCCAUACCACGUCAACCUACUUUCCUCUACUUUCUUAGUUUUCUCUCCCACUUUUGUUGUACAUCUGAUUGUCUUAUUUCAGUUCUGUCCUUUUUUGUAACUACACACAUCUAUCUCAACAUUAUCACUUCUGCCACAUCUAACAUUUUCUCCUGUGUCCCCUUUACCCCUCCAUACAUCAUUACUGGUCUUUCACUGUCUUGAAAACCUUUCCUUUAAACUUCACCUCAGUUCUUCAACCACACAAUACUCCUGAUGCAUUCUUCCAAUUGUUCCUUCCACACUGCACUCUAUAGGUUAAUUCUGCAUCUAAAUUUCCAUCUUGGGCUACACCUGAUCAGAGAUAUUUAAAUGUAUCAACUCUUUUCAAUACCUCACCCUUUAAGCUAACUUAUGAAUCCUGAUCAUUAUUAAACCUCAUAUAUUCUGUCUUCUUCCUGUUUAUCUUCAGCCCUCUAUCCAAAGCCCUUCUCCAUUCUUCCAACUUCUUCUUCACUUCACCUUUUCUGGCGCUACACAACACAAAAUCAUCAGGAAAAAUCAUGCAACAGGGUGAUUGGACUUUUUAUCCCAUGACCAUGGGGGCAAACUAGACACAACUUGGUGCCAGUCCCAAACCAGAUAAAUAGAGGGGGUUAGUGUCAGAAAGGGUACCCAGCUGUUAAACUUAGCCAAAACCUUAAUUCUGGAAUCAAUCCAAUCAACUUUGAAAAAUGUGACAUUUUCAUUAAUGUCAAAUAUACAGGUAUACCAUUAUUACAGAGCUAAUUGUACAAGUUUUUUUUUUCAAAUCUGGUAAAUAUUAAAUUGUUGCAAUAUAUUUAAACUCAUUUCCACAUUCAAUUUUUCGUCAUACUCGCUGACAUUUUUGACAUGAAAAUUCUGGCCAGAAUUAGGCUCUCUCAGUUGGCAUCAGGACAUUGUGAUACCCUCUGACAUUAUCAUCAUCUGAUAAAAUACAACUAUAUAGAUCCAAAUGAUAAGUAAAGUGAGAGCCUUGCCACCACCCACUGUAAUAUAUUGGUUAUGAACUCCAUAAAUUGAAAGAGCAAUACCUAAAUUUAAGAGUCACUCAGCUUUGAAGUGAAAAAGAAAACACAAACAACUGAAAAAACUAUUUUUUGAAUAUGUGUUAUUUCCACACAAGGACUAAAUACUUCCUUGAAAUAGAGCUUCAACGAGAAAACACGAGGCUUUCUUCAUGGCAUUUUAAAACUAAGAUGGGGUGAAGAUCAAAAUGUCUCUUUGCCCAAUCAAGGCAGCAAAUGGUAUUGGAUUUUUCAUACUUUUCAUUAGAGUUGUUAGAAACAUAUCAAUAAUUUAUUACGCUACUAAAGGAAGCUUAUACUCAUUAGGGUUGUUAAAAAAAUUUCAAUAUUAAGUUAUGAAACUGAAGGAGGCUUAUGCCACUGGUCAUACUCUGCUUCAAAGAGCAUUAAUAUCACCCAGUCCCAUCCAAAAGUUUUCUAAAAAAUAAAACCUCUAAUUUGUCUUUAUAUUCAAAAGUUUGGAAGCAACAAUUACACUUGCAAGAAGCAAAAAACUUUGCUUUCAGCUGUUUAAAAUACAGAAGAGUGUCUUUUAAAAAUAUUUGAGUUGUAUUCUAUUAAUAAUUAAUCAUGAACAAGUGUAUGUAAGCACAAUGAUAAAAAGAUAAAAUCAGGUGACAUCUAUAAACAUACAGAAUGUGUCCUACUUCAUUUUUUAAUGGGUACGUUGUAUUAUUUUGGUGGCUGGUUUUACAAAAGUGUAAAGAUAGAAAUGCAAAUUGGAUCAAGUCAUUGAUUGGUAAGGAGCACGCAGCUCCACAGACAAAAUGAAUGACAAUAUAAUCACAGUUGUAAAUGGUGCACAUCUUGGAAGUUUUACAUUAUAUUCUCUAGUACGGUUAGUCAUUUCAGAUAUGGAUUCAAAAAUAUAGAAUGGGGUAGUGGAUAGUACUCCACCACAUGGAUUCAGCUACUAGGUUUAAAUCCUGUGGCUGGCCCUCAGAUCUGUCCCUAUGGACUAUGCAUAUUCUUUCUGCUUUUCCACGGGUUUUCCUUCAGGUACUUUGCUUUUCCUCCCUCACCCCCAAAGAUGAGCUUGUUAGGUUGGUUGAUGGUUCUAAAUUAGCCCUGUGCGGGUGUGUGUAUGAGUGGACAACUGGUGCUUCAUUCAGUUUGUUCCUGAUUUGCACUCAGUGCUGCCAGGAUAGGCUCUGCCCUCCAUAACCCUGAACCAGAUCGAGCAGGUUUAAGAACACAAUAUUAAUAGCAAUUAUUCGUGAUUUAUUUAUAUAAUUAAAUGCAAUAUUUAUUUUUUGUAAACUAAUAAGACAUUGUUGAAAUAUUAACUUAAAUUUGAAAUUGUGGAAAAGUUUCAAGUAAAUGUAGCAUAGAGUAUAUUAUAUUAUUUAGUUGAACACUAGUUCUGUUCAGCAAACAAUUUUUUUUUCUCUUGUUAACAUGAAAUUGUUCAAAAGUAACUUAACAUUCUCAAACCCACUUAAUCAAAUUUAGGGUAACAUAAGAUAAAUACGGUUGGGAAUAUGAUCAGGCCAGAAAUGAUUUUUAUCAUGAUAGAAUGGUAUGUACAAUUUAUUAUUUCUUUAGCAGAAUGUUAUUGUUAGGGGAAAAAUAGUGUUGUUCCAAGUUGCACUUUCAGUGGUAUGCACGGUCAGUUAACAUCAUUUAUAUAGAAUCACUUAUGGCACAACAACAUAACCUGUUUAAUCCCCUUCAGUGUAAUGUUGGGACAGGUGCUGCACUGGGCACCCACGACGAAACUUUCCUAGAGUAGGGUAGGGUAUGUAGGGUACCAGUCCAUCUCGGGGCCUGCUUGCAUACACACACACACACUUGUAUGGGGCCAGUUUUGGAGAAGAUUGUUUAGUAUGAGAAAUUGGGGGGCAGAGAGUGACCUGCAGUGUCAUGACGUCCCCUCCAGAUCUGGCUCCAAAUUUGUGCUCAGUUACUAGGCUUUAUCCUCAUGCACGUUUGGUGACUAAUGGACUGACGGAUAGAUGAACGGUUAUCCAUAAAUUAAUUGUCAAUAUAUAUAGUGUGUGUAAACAUACUGUGUGUAUAUAUAUAUAUAUAAAUAUGCUAAAAUUAAGGUUAGUUAUUUCCAUCUCUGCAGCAACUUCUGUAGUUUAAAUGCCACUAAAAAUGCCCAGCUUUAAUGUUGUAAGAAAAAUCUUUCUCAAAACUUUUCAGACUAAUAUCUCUAAUAUAUAUAAGUAUAUAGUUAUAUAUAUGUAUAUAUGCAGUAUGUUUGUGUACCUAAGAACCAUUGAUAAGGUCAUUGCACCUAAAUUAUUUGAAGACAUUUGUGGUUUGCACAGCUCUACAUCAUUUUGACAGGCGACUACAUAAAAGUGAACAAUGCCAUGGUGAAGCAAUAUUUCAGUCCUAUACGAGCCAUGCAUGCAGAAAGCCAGAUUUAUACUUUUAAUAUGCUUUAUCUAAAAUGUAUUUUUGCAUUAAUAAUGGUUAAGUAUUAUAUAAUAUUUAAAAAGCAUAUUAUUAACAUUAUCAAUCUUUUUAGGAGAUAAUAUGGUGGCACAUGUCUUGCUGCCUUUUAGGACAAGAGUUUUUUUCUUUUGAUUAUCACAUGCUGAGACUUGUAAGUAAAAUGCAUAGUGUUCUUUCAGUUUAUGAGCCAUCUUUUAUUACUCUACAGCUCUGAAUGGUGUUCAUUUUAUAUGGUAAUUCAACAUUAUGCUUUUUGAAUUUUCCUGCAAAAAUUAAGUUCUCUAUUUCCAUCUCUGCAGCAGCUGCUGUUGUUUAAAUGCCACUAAAAAUGCCCAGCUUUAAUGUUGUAAGAAAAAUCUUUCUAAAAACUUUUCAGAGUAAUAUCUCAAAGCAAAACAUUCUAAGAUUCAGUACUACAUUAAGUUUAUGUAGCAAUCCAUUUGGUCCCAUUCUUUUGUCAUUCAUCAUUUUAAGUUUAAUCUUAACUAAUAUUUCUUCUGGGUAUUUGCAGACAUGCAAAUGGUUAAAAUUCAAUGUUUAAUACAAUUGAAAUAGCUUGCUUUGAUUUAGGUUUAGGACUUUAGUUUGAGGGCGGCACGGUGGCGCAGUGGUAGCGCUGCUGCCUCGCAGUAAGGAGACCCA